UACGUACGCUGUAUCAACACAGCAAGCAGCUUCGUCGAUUUCAUGUUCAUCCUAUUGAGUUUGAUAUUUUAGUUUUCAUCAUGUAUUUUUUCAUCAUGCUACUUCUAAUAUCCUACUCAGCUCAAGAACGGUGCCCCAUGCUUGAAGAAGGACAACCCUUACAGCUAACCUAUGAUGACAGGUUUCCUCAAAAAUCGCUUGCCUGGCAAAAGGACGAUAACGUCAUCAGCCACUGUGAGAAUAGCACCUGCCACACAACCAUGCCAGGGGUCGAGGUUACCAGAGCGUCUGGUAAAAUUACAUUAACGGUUCUCAAAAUCAAAAGGAAUAAUCCAACCGACGAGGCGGAGUGGAGAUGUGGUUAUGAUGAUGAGAAUUUGACAAUAAUUGUAGGGUCUUGCAUUCUGCACAUUUACGUCAAGCCAGAUACCCCUACGUGCAUAGAUACUGUCGAUAUGGACUAUUUAGGAGCAGGCACUGUUAAACUAGUUUGUUUUGCCAAGACUGUUUACCCCAUGGGAUCUUGUAACUUGUUCCUAAAGCGUCCCGAUGAGUCCACGUUCACCUACAUCGAAUACGCUAUAAUGUCCAACAGGAUCGCCUCACAAAACCCAUUGCUCUAUACGUUCAACUGUUCCCUGACUUUGAACAUCACUGCUUUCGGCGACUACAGUGUGUAUGCCGAGAUGUUCGCCGGGCUUCUGUCUGGCGAGCCCUCGAACCCAACCAAGCAGACAACCCCAAUCAAGGAGUUCAAAAUUGAGAAACCACCCACAGCUUAUUUAGCGGAUGUUCCUGAAGAGUUUCGAUGGUGGAUCAUUUACGUUGUGGUAUCUGUCCUUGUUAGUCUGCUGGCCACCGUCCUGACAUGGUUGAAAUGUGUGGGAAUCAUCUAGAAAGAAGUAACGAUGGAACAAAAAACACAGCAACCACAGUCUCUAAGGUGUUGGCAAACAGGAAAAAAAUGGCAAAGACGUAUUCAGUAACAUCUAAACACAAAUUGUCA